CCCCUCCGCGUUAAGUUCAGCUUGCCAGUGCCUAAUGUCUCUCUCCUUGCAUCCAGAGCCCAGCGUCGGUCCGGAGACGUUACUCAGAGUUUCCAGCCAAAUUGCUCAGAAGGACACACUGCCCAGCCACGACUGCUGCUGUGCCCUCCACUUCAACCCAAGGAUGGAAGCUGAGCUUUUGCCUUCCGAGGCUUGGCCCAGCUGGAUGGCAGAGCCCACAGUGCCCUGGCUGAGUGACAUGAGCAGUGCUGGGCCCAGCACAGAUGCCCUCCAAGCUGGGAUGCAACUGUGGAUCUUUAACAGCAGUGGAGAGGAGGAGACCUCUCCCCCAUUUCUGACCGAUGCAUGGCUUGUGCCUGUCUUUUAUGCCCUGAUCAUGCUACUUGGUCUGGUGGGGAACUCACUGGUCAUCUAUGUCAUCAGCAAGCACCGCCAGAUGCGCACAGCCACCAACUUCUACAUUGCAAACCUGGCUACUACUGACAUAAUUUUCUUAGUGUGCUGCGUACCCUUCACUGCCACACUCUACCCCCUGCCCAGCUGGGUUUUUGGGGACUUCAUGUGCAAAUUUGUCAACUAUUUGCAACAGGUGACAGUGCAGGCUACCUGCAUCACUCUAAUGGCUAUGAGUAUGGAUCGCUGCUAUGCUACACUGUACCCACUGCAAUCAUUGCGUUAUCGGACACCCCAGGUAGCCAUGGCUGUCAGCUUUGCUAUCUGGAUUGGUUCUUUCAUUCUCUCAUUACCCAUGGCUGUGUACCAUCGCACUGAGGUUGGCUACUGGUAUGGCUUGCGCACCUAUUGCAUUGAGGCCUUCACCAGCAAGAGCCAGGAGCGCAUCUUCAUUCUGUACACUUUCCUGGCUGUCUAUCUGUUGCCCCUGGUCACUAUCUGCCUCUGCUACUCCAUCAUGCUCAAGCGCAUUGGACGACCUGUGGUGGAACCCAUGGACCAUGAUUACCAGCAGGUGCAACAUUUAUCUGAGCGCUCAGCUGCCAUGCGGGCCAAAAUUUCCAAGAUGGUUGUGGUGAUUGUGCUGCUGUUCACCAUUUGCUGGGGUCCUAUCCAGCUCUACUUGCUCUUUCAGGGCUUCUAUCUCCACUUCCAGGCCAACUAUGAGACCUACAAGAUCAAGACAUGGGCCAACUGCAUGUCAUAUGCCAACUCUUCUCUCAACCCCAUUGUUUAUGCUUUCAUGGGAGACAGUUUCCGCAAGUCCUUCAAAAAGGCCUUUCCCUUCUUGUUCCAGCAGCAUGUGCGGGACAAUGGUGUGAACUCAGGCUGCCGCAAUGCAGAAAUGAAAUUUGCCACUGAAGAGACUUAAUCCAUUCAUCUGAACUGGCUUCCAUUCAGCCUGGUCUGCACUGCCAAAAAACACUGACUGAUGUUUCAAGAAUCUCAAAGAGAGAGAUUUGUGGUUAUUUAUAUACAACCUACAAUAUCCAGACUAUUAAGGAUUCUAAUUCAUAUAUAUACAGUGAUAAUGACUGGGUGGGUGGGUCUGAUCAGUCUGGAACCUGAAGCACUACACAAUAAGGCUGGCAGAGGCAAGCCUGUCCUUCUGUAUUUGUGGAUUGGAUAAAUGAGAAUAAUGCCUUCUUCAUCUUAUGGGUUCUUUGUAUGGCAUACUAU